GCUCGCCUUUCAUGUCACUAGUGCUACUUGUAUGUGCAGACGCAGCCAAUCUCUUCCUCAUGACGCCACCGAGGUUGGGCUCAGAGGGCUUCGAUCAUAAUAUUUAACACACCCACUCUGGAUGGACACUUGGAAGGAAGACAAGGCAGUGCUGAGAGGAGAAAUCACAACCAGGAUCCCACACACCUGCCGGCCAGCCUGCCAAGCCAGUCUCUGAUUUGACUUCAGCGACGUUUGCAGACAGCAGCAGCUUUGUGAAGAAGCGGGGCAGCAUCCAGGCAUCUUGCAGCGGAUCACCUGUUAUUUGGUUUUUGUUUUUGUUUUUUAUUAUUAUUUUUAUUAUUAUUCCUCUUUCUGUUUAUAAAUUGAUCGUAAAUGUUAGGAAACCUGUGCUUUUGUGGACUACGUUAUAUCAGUGUCAUCCUGUUACUUUCCUCUGAAGACAGUUAUGACGCGGUUGACAUCUCACUCCGUGCUGGCAGCGACACAGGGAAGCAGAUUUGAAGAAGACUAUUGAUGCUUUUAGCAGGACCCCACUCCCUUCUCUUAGCCUAAGAUACAUCUUCAGUGAGAUUUAUUUAGUCACUCGUCCUCCUGACACUAUAGGCUAUCCUGCUCAACAAGGCAAUGAAUGAAGAGCACUUCCUGAGCCAGCAAAGUGUCCGGGUUUUUACAAUGUCUUGGUCUUUCCACCUGUCUGGGAAUGAAUCGUUGGGACUGUUUUAAAUAUUAAACACCGCAUAUAAAAUGGGCUUUUUAAACAUAGGCUGACGCUCAUUAUGUGUGGAGCGAUCAUAGAGAAUUCCCAAAGUAACAUCGUUGUCUCGUCCUCAGAAAACAGUGUUAGACACCAAUGUCGGUGCUGUAGCUAAGGUGCGCUUAAAGCUUGCUAUAAAAUAUAUAUUUAUAGAGGCUAAACAUGAUCUUGUUUCGCAAAUUCAGAGUCUUGAUACUUAUGGUGUUUUUGGUUGCGUGCACCAUGCACAUCAUGAUAGACUUGUUACCAAAACUAGAGAAGCGGGCGACGGGAGCGGAGAGCGGGGACGGCGGCUGCCAGUGCGCACACCACACGGGCGGGGAGUCGCAAGGCUGGGGGAAGCAGCGAGCCAGGACGGCGGCUGAAGCCGGCUGGCCUAAUAAGCACACGCUGCGAAUCCUGCAGGAUUUCAGCAACGAGCCGAGCUCCAACCUCACAUCGCAUUCCCUGGAAAAGAUCACCACCGCCGGGGACAGGGCGGACUCUUUCCGGCGGAUGAAAACGUCGGCGGGGAAGGCAGAUGACCACAAGCCGCUGAUGGGAGACGCAAGCGGGGGUCGGAUCGUCCCUUCCCGUGCUGUCUCACGACUUUCUCGCCUGUUUGAGCAUCCUUUAUACAAGGUUGAGCUUCCGCCUCUCACGGACGAUGACACUUUGUUUAACGUCAACAACGACAUCAGGUUUUAUCCCAGAGCAACAGGGAACCAGGGAUGGCACAAUGAGGACGGAAACGAAGACGAAGAGGAGUUCUCUCCAACUGAAGAGGUGACAGCAGAAUCCUACCCCAACUGGCUGCGAUUCCACAUCGGGAUCAACCGCUAUGAGCUCUACUCCCGACACAGCCCUGUGCUGGAUGCCCUGCUGAAGGACCUGGUCACACAAAGGAUCACCAGCGUAGCCAUGAAAUCUGGAGGCACCCAGCUGAAGCUGAUCAUGACUUUCCAGAACUAUGGACAAGCACUGUUCAAGCCUAUGAAGCAGACGCGGGAGCAGGAAACGCCUCCAGAUUUCUUCUAUUUCUCCGACUUCGAGAGGCACAAUGCUGAGAUCGCUGCUUUUCAUUUGGAUCGGAUUCUUGACUUCCGGAGAGUUCCCCCAGUAGCAGGACGACUGGUGAACAUGACGAGAGAAAUCAGAGACCUGACACGUGAUAAGAAGCUGUGGAGGACCUUCUUCAUCUCACCAGCCAAUAAUGUCUGCUUCUAUGGUGAAUGCUCUUACUACUGUUCCACCGAGCACGCUCUGUGUGGCAAACCGGACCAAAUUGAAGGCUCACUCGCAGCCUUCCUCCCAGAUCUGAACCUAGCCAAACGCAAAACCUGGAGAAACCCCUGGAGGCGCUCCUACCACAAACGCAAGAAAGCAGAGUGGGAGGUGGAUCCAGAUUACUGUGACGAGGUGAAGCAAACACCCCCGUAUGACCGAGGCACUCGACUGCUGGACAUCAUGGACAUGACCAUCUUUGACUUCUUAAUGGGUAACAUGGAUCGCCAUCAUUAUGAAACUUUUGAGAAGUUUGGAAACGACACCUUCAUCAUUCACCUUGACAAUGGAAGAGGGUUUGGAAAGCAUUCUCACGAUGAGCUCUCCAUCCUGGUACCUCUGAGUCAGUGCUGCAGGAUGAGGAAGUCAACUUACCUGCGUCUCCAGCUGCUGGCCAAAGAGGAGUACCAGCUGAGCUCCAUGAUGGAGGAGUCGCUGCUGCGUGAUCGCCUAUCCCCUAUUCUAAUUCAGCCUCACCUUCAGGCCAUGGACCGCAGGCUCCGGCUGGUGGUGCAGGUCGUGGCUGGCUGCAUAGAGAAAGAAGGAUAUGUUAAUGUUGUGGAGGAAGAUUUAGUUGGGGACACAGCCACCCACAGGGGCCCUGGCCACAGGUAGUGAGUGCGAAGAGCUGACACCAAUGGACCGUGGCUGUUCAACUAAUGGGAUUAGACACACACACAAAAAUAAAUAAAUUAAUUCUACUUCUGAUAUCAAGCUGAAUUCAGUGAAUUCCAAGACUUGCCAUCAUUGCCUAUAUGGAAACUGCUUUUAAGUGUGUUUAUAUGGAAGAAACUGUCUACAAAUACCACAAAAGACUGUCCACACGCAGCACUUUGUAUUUGUUAGAUACAGAUGUAUUUUUGUUCUACCAGAUGUUGUAUGAGACAUCAAGGAACCACUGCUGUGUUCUGACUUUGUCCUGUUUGGCCUGAGUAUGGAGGGCAUCGGUUUGCUUUGUGUGUUUUAUUAUAUUAGAACAUAACCAAAUGAGAACCUACACUGACUAGGGAAUAUAUGGUCAGACAAUAAGCUUUAUGAGUUAUGACGAUGUAUGAAAACGUUUCAUUUUUGCAAAAUGUGUCAGAAUUCAGUGUUUUGCAUUGAAUGUUUUCAAGUUUUAAGUCAUUCCUGGCUCAAACGACGACCAGGAGAAUAUCAAGUUUUCCAAUAAUCUAUAUUUAUAAGGUUUUUGUCUUGGCACAAGCUCGACAACAUAAGUGCAAGUAUUUCACACUGUAGUUCAAACAGUACCUUCACAUUGCCUUAUUUCAGCUUUGUGUAUUUUUUGUCACCCCCUUCCUCCCACAAAAGUUAAGCUUGCACUACGUACAGCACAUCACUACAACAGCACAAUAUUUACCAAAAAACUUCAAAUGUUAAGACUCGGCACCACACUGACAUGAUGGUCACCUACAUCAAAUGAGCCAUUCAUGAGGGCAACCUGAUGUAACAUCACAGUUUCUGUGAUGCAGACUUGUUACAGAUUUUGUGUCCAAAUAGCUUCCAGAGCAUCACAAAAGCCUGUUUUUUCCAUCCUGGUUUUGCUUCCUGUUGCAUUCAGUUGGAUAGGAGGAUACUUUUGAAUUUGGAUCCUAAUUAAGUUGCCAUUGUGUAUAUUUUUUAUGUUUGAAAUGAUAGGAAAAACCAAUCAAGUUGCUGACAUGGGACCAGUAGAAUUUUCUCUUUCCUUCUAAGAGUCCUCUGUAUUGGCUAACCCAGUACCUGUGCAAUGACAGAAAUACAGUACUUGAAUGUUUUGGGGUUGGCAGUACAGACCGGAUUCACAGAGCAACAAAAGUCUGAGUGGCUGAUGUCAAGUUUGGAAAACACUUGGCAGGGAUAGCGACGUUAAAAUGCCAGGGAUAGACACGGGGACAUCGAAGUCCUUUUUUUGUAUUUUCAUUGUAAAUACCGAUAAAUACUUUGAAGAUCUAUCAAGCUGCACUGCACAGUGGUUUGCUUCUGUUUUCUGCUCUUGCAUUGUUACUGUGAAGACCUGUUUACUAAAUGAUUUAAGUGUGCAAUAAAAGCAAAAAGUGAGGACAAAUCCCUGUGUGUCAAGAGUAGCAAUGGUGAAGAGUGCACCAUGAAGUGCAGGAGGACGAAGCGGAAUGAGCCCUUAUUGGCCAACAGCAACAACUAUUAGUAAAACUAAACUAAACUCACAAGGAAACAUGCAGAAGUAAAACAGCAACAUGGAGUGAGCCGCUAACUAACUCAGGUAGCCUAAGCAGAAAUCCUAACAGAGGAAAAGACCAGACUAUACACAGACACAGGUGGGGACACUUAAAACAGGUAUAAACAGUGAGGACGGACCAAUCACAAAAGAGGCACAUGCAAAUAACAAAACAGAAAGUAACCAAAAGACUGAAAGAUCCAAACCAACCGGAUACCAGGAUCAUGAAAGCGUGCGCAUGUGUUUGCAUGUUUCUGCAGAUGUGUGAUUUAUACUGCUCUUUAUUUUACG